AUGGCUAGAGAAACUGAAGCGACCCCCAAGACACCAGGAGGUGUCGCGCGAGCUGCGCCAGGGCGUGUCUCGCCAGCGCGUGUGCCCUCAUCGGGGGACACGCCGGGAGUCGUCGAAGUACCGCCCGCUCGCGAAAGGAGCGAGGCAACCGACGACAAGAUCCUCGCGGCCCUCGCCGCAGUGACCGCCCGCCUGUCGAAGCUCGAGUCUUCACAGCGCGUCCGGGACGAAGAUGAGAGGAUGCUUGGAGCUGUCGAGAGCGGCAUGUUUGCAUCCAAGCUUGGAGCGAACAUGCGUGGACGCCCCAUGACCAUCGACGCGCUUAAGUCGCUGGAGGAGAAACCAGCAGCACAUCGCGCGCGGGAGCGCUGGCCAGAAAACGGUGAGUCGAUGUUCGCCUCUCUCGCACCGCCGCGUGGACAUCCGUCAGCCCAGCAUCGCAUGCCGGAACGAUCGGCCGAGCCCAUGGUCGCGCCGCGUCAAGAAGCUAUGCCACCAGCGAUCGGACACUACGGAAUGCCGAGCGCUAGUCAGAGAAAGCUCAACAUUCGCAAGUUCGAUGGGACGGAGCUUUACAAAGGGCUUGGGAGCGGGUUCUUUGACUGGGGACGCACCUUCAUGCGCGCUGUGAGCCUCGCUGAGGCGUCUUGCGGUUUCUCCUGGACGGAGGACGUGAAGGUGGACCUACUCGGGCAUUUCUUGGCUGGUACGGCGGAGCGCUACUACCACAAACAGGUCGACACUUGGUGGGUGCAGCAGCCAAGACUCGAGCACGUCAUGGAGCAGCUGCACCUAACGUUCAAGACGACCAUCACGGCGAGUCAGGCCAUGAAGCUAUUCAUGACAAGGAAAGAAGCAAGACGCACCUGGGCUGAGCACUUUCUUUACAUGGUGGCUGUCAGCGACGCGCGCGGUGGCGCCGACUCGCUUGUGCUCGACAACAUCGUCCAUCAUGCGUCGCCAGACCUGAUGAAUGUCAUGCGCGCUAAGUACGAUCCAACGCGGUCCGACUACCUGCGCCACGCUGAGGAGUUGGCGCACUUUGCGCAGUCUAUCGAGCUCGGCAGUGGCGCGGUUGGUCGCGAGGUCGUUGCGGCGCAUGUUGAGACGAAGCGUCAAGACACGCGAACGUGUUUCCGAUGCGGGAGGACGGGGCACGUCGUUUCCGAAUGCAAGGCAAGAGUUGUGUUUGAUGAUGAAACGACAAACACGAGUGUCAGCGGCGAUAUGGUACUUGCGCUCAUGGAGAAAGGGUCAGCGGCUCGCACGAAAGAAUCCAAAAGCAAGAAGAAAAAGAAAUCGCGAGGCAAAGCGGUUCGUGCGAAUAAAGUGCGAGCUGCGAACAACGCGGGCGGAUUCGUGCUAGCUGCAAAUGAUGCGAUUGGCAUCGAUCGAGGCGACUGGAUACUUGACAGUGGCGCGAGCAGGCACCUCGUGAACGAUGAGUCGCUGCUGAACGACUCGACCGCCUGCGUCUACGAGAUCGCCAUGGCAGAUGGGGAGUCACUGCGGCUGACGCGUGUCGGGAGUGUGCGCCUUGAGGUCCUCGCGCGCGGUGUGAAGGUGACUGUGACUCUGACAGAAGUCUAUCUUGCUCCACGUCUGGCGAAGAACAUCGUCUCGUACGGGAAGCUGGAGAGCAAAGGUUUUGCCCUCGUGUACGAUGGCAACAAACGAGCGCUAGCGCGGCGCAGCGACGGUACAGUCGUGUUUGACGUAGCGAUUGACAGUAACGUGUUAUACGUUAAGACGACAGCGACACGCGAGAGGCACAGAGCUGGAGAUGCGAUCGUGGCUGCGCUCGAAGCGCGCGCGAUGGAUGGUGAUGCGGAUGACAUGCACGAAGCCUCGCUGCUGCACUGGCACCAGAGACUUGGCCACCUCGCGUUCGAUACGAUCGAGCGUAUGGCGCGAGAUCCGUCAUCGGGUAUUCGAUUGACCAGCAACAAGCGCAUGGCAUGCGUAUCAUGCCUCGAGGGCAAACAGACGCGCAACACGCAGUCACAACAAUACAGCGGCACCAACUCGCCAAUCGACAGGAUCGGCGGCGUCAUCUGCUCGGACCUUAAGGGUCCCAUGACGCCGCAGGAUCGCCUCGGCAAUCGAUAUAUGGUGAACUUUAUCGACCAUAAAUCGAACUAUUGUCGAGUAUUCCUUGCGCGCACGAAAGACGCGGCGGCGAAGCAGUUUGAAGCCUUCCUCGUCCACUUUGAGAAGCUCUUCGGCUUCAAGGUACACGUUCUGCGGACGGACGGAGGAGGCGAGUAUGCAAACGUCGACUUGUUCUGUAAACGCACGGGUGUCGCACGCCAAGUGUCGGAAGCUCGCAACCAGGCAUCGAAUGGCAAGGCAGAGAGGAUGCACCGCACGGUGCUAAACCUCUCACGCAGCAUGAUGUUCGCGAGCGCGCUACCGUUGCAGUUCUGGGGCGACGCGGUGCACAUCGUCGUCUUUGGGUCGUCGUGUAGCGUCUACCGGGACCCGCGCAAGAGCUCGCUACAGCGGCGCUCUCAGACUGGCAUCAUCGUGGGCGUCAGCGAGGAGACAAAGGGGUACAAGGUUCUUCUCCAGCGAGAGAACAAGCGUGCGCUGGAAGUUGGCGAUCGAGCCGAUGGAGAGGCUGUAGUGGCGACCCGUGAUGACAAUAUACGAGCGCGAGAUUAUCGCGGUGCUCACGAGAAGAGUAAGAAGCCGUGGUCACGACAAGCGCACGGUACACGAAGCGCAUCAAAGCGCAAGCAAGCAGUUACGCGCCAGGAGGAGAGAUCUGCAAGCGACGAGGUGGUCAACGCAGCCUUCGAGCGCGACCCAUGCAACUAUGGCGAGGCCAUGCGGAGCUCUAAGCGCGCGGAGUGGCAGACGGCGAUGCAAGAAGAGAUCGCCGCUCUGGAGAGCAACGAUGUGUGGCGCGUGACGAAGCGUAGCCCGGGCGUGAACGCUCUUCACUCCAAGUGGGUCUUCAAGACCAAGACAGGGGCCGAUGGAGAGCUCGAGCGAUAUAAGGCGAGGCUUGUCGCAUGUGGCAAUGAGCAAGUGCUCGGCGUCGAUUACAACCUGACCUUUGCCGCAGUGAUGGACAUCUCGACGGCAAAGGUAGUGCUGGCGCUCGCAGCAACCUGGGGCGUGCCGGCCAAGCAUGGAGACAUCCCGAACGCGUACGUGCGUGCCGAGAAGGAAGCACAUCUCGACAUCUGCUUGCAGGUGCCACGCGGUAUGACUGUGUCAGAGAGCACUCUGCGCAAUGUUGGCGCUAUGCAUCCAGGCGAGGUCGUCUUGGAGCUGCGGAGAAGCCUUUACGGGCUGAAGCAAGCCGGGCGCCUCUGGAGCCAGUUGCUCCAUGCGCGACUCAGCGAUGCGGGGUACGUGCGCUGCGUGUCAGACAUGUGUCUGUACCACAAGCGCGACGGCGAAGAGCUGGUCGUAGUUGGCGUCUACGUCGAUGAUUUGCUGGCGACGGGAACGAGCGUCGCGGCAGUCGAGAGCUUCUUCGCGAGCCUGGCGUCGCUGUCAAUCAAGGAUCUCGGCCAUGUCCACAAGUUCCUGGGAAUGCGAGUGGAACUCGGGAGCGACGGCGCGUACCGCAUCGACCAGGAGGAGGCCAUCAAGGAGCUACUGCGUGCUCAUGGGAUGUGCGAUGCGAAUCCGACGAAGACGCCGAUUGGAGGUGACUGCUACGAGGUCGUAGGCGACGACGCCGCGCUUCUUGGAACAACGAGCACGGGCGGUGGUGCAACCAUCAACGCGUUCCAGUCCCUCGUCGGGAGCCUGCUGUGGGUCGCACGGUGCUCAAGGCCUGACAUUGCCUUUGCAGUGCAUAAAGCAACUAGGCAGACACAUGCGCCGCGGGUACUCGACUGGAAGCUCGCCAAGCGUGUUGCUCGGUACCUAAAGGGGACAGCGAUGCUCAAGCUCGAGAUGGCGCCAGAGCGAACGAGCCGAGACGCGCUGCGUCUCGAAGCCUAUAGCGAUGCCGACUUCGCGGCUGACAAAGCGGACCGGAAGUCACUAACUGGAGGCGUCGUGCUUCUAAAUGGGAUGGCGGUGUCAUGGACCGCGAAGAAACAGGGCGGAGUGAGUCUCUCGACGAUGGAGGCCGAAUUCGUCGCGGCGUCGGAGGUUGCGCGCGAGCUCAUUGGCUUGCACCAGAUGCUCGGAGAAGUGGGCAUGGCGCCGGUUGUCCCUAUGCUGAUGCACGUGGACAACCAGGCAGCCAUCAGUCAGAUCGAAGGCGAAGCCUCGUCGAUCAAGGCCAAGCACAUCGACGUGCGGCACAAGUAUCUGCGCGACCUCGCUCGUCGUGGGAUCAUCACGGCGCAGCACGUUCGAUCCGAACUGAUGAUAGCGGAUCUGAUGACGAAGGCCGUCGAUGCAAACAAGCUGGCGGCGCUGCGUAGCCUGAUGCGGCUCGAGUAA